AUGGUUUCCAGAUCAAAUCCUCAAAUCAUUCUUGUCAUGGGAGUGACUGGAGUGGGAAAAAGCACCUUUAUCCACCACGCAACAGGAAGAAACGUGGAAGUAGGUCACGGCCAAAGCUCUUGCACUUCUAAAGUCAAAUGCUAUCAGAUCCCUCAAACCAACAUCUAUUUCAUGGACACUCCUGGAUUUGACGACACCUACACCUCCGACGCAAAGAUCCUGGAAGAGAUUGCGACGGCCUUGCUUGAUGCUUUCAACGACAAAGCCGAGAUACAAGGUGCACUCUACGUCCAUCCCGUCAUCGAGGCCAAAAUGCGAGGGUCCGGACGCAAGAAUCUCAUCAUGUUCCGAAAGGUUCUGGGCAUGGAAGGCAUGAAGAACGUCCGGCUCGUGACGACAAAAUGGUCGCAGGUGGAUUACCACACAGGCGUAGAUCGGGAGACCGAGUUGAGCGAAAAAGAGGAGUUCUGGCAGCCGCUCCUUGCUGCUGGGGCCUCUACGGUGCGUUUCGGGGAUACCAUGGAGUCUGCGAUUGAGAUCAUCAAGCCGCUGAUUCAUGGUCCUGCUUUUGAGCCACAGCUGGUUGAGGAGGUGGUCCGCGAUGGCAAAGAGCUUCGUCAGACUCAGGCUGGGUAG